AUGGCGUGGAGCGAGGAGCGCAACGAGUGGGCUAUCGCUGGGAGCGAGGGCGAGGGCGACGCGAUGCGGCGAAUGGGGCAGCUGGCCCUGGCGGACGUGACGCGCCUGCUGCUGGAGGGCGAUGAGAGCGAUGGGGGCGAUGCGGGCGACGUGGGUGAGGGAAAGGCGGGUGACAUGGGGGGAGGGAAGAGCGAUGGAGGAGCAGUUGAGGGCGACGAAGGGAGAAAUGAAGGCGGGCAGUGGCAUGAAGGCGAGGUACGAGGAGGAGGCGGGAGGUGCAAGGAAGGCGAAGAGGGACAGCAGGGCGAGCAGGCGCCAUGGGCGGGUGGGAGCACAGCUUGGCAGGCAGCAGCCACAGCACCCAGUCACACCAACGGCAUGGCACACUCUGCUGCCGGUGCCACGAGUGCCACUGCUCUCGCCGUUGCUGCUGAUGCUGCCCACGGGAGCAACCAAGCCACUGUGGCGGGCACGGAGCGCCCUGCUGCAGCGGUGGAGGGCAUGGCAGCAGCAGGCGGAGCGGACGACUGGCUGCAUCUGCUGCACGACGAUGCCCACUGGGAUUUGCUCCCCGCCUUCUCCCUGCCGCCCCUCGCCCUCCCUCCCCUGCAUCUGCCCGCCUGCCCUACCAUGCAUGCCCCUCCAACGCACCCUACCGUUCACAACCGCAUGGGGGUGGGGCAGCGUGGGAGUGCGGGCGAGGGCGGCCUGGGAGCGGUGGACCUCUCUCAGAUCGGCUCGUCCUGCGACCUGCUCGCCGCCGCUGGGGGCGCCCCUGCGCUGCCCACCAGCCCUGCCCUCGGCGCCGCGUGCUGCAGCCCCGAGGGCGGUGCGUGCGGGUCGGGCGUGUGGCACGCGUUGGGGGCGCGCCUGGGCUCUGGGCUGCCCAGCGACGGCAGUGGCAGUGCUGGCGCCGGAGGCAUGGGCGGUGGCACGAGGGCGAGGAGUGGUGGUGCAGGCGGCAGUGGCAGUGGCAGUGGCAGUGGGAGAGGCGGGGGCGAUGCGGAGGGAGUGGCGCGUGGCAGCGCAGCAGCAGAGGCGAUUAGCGAACGGGGUAGGGCAGCAGCAGCAUCAGUGGAGCCAGGAGGAGGCGGAGACGAGAUGGGGGAGGGCGUGGAGGGUGGGGAGCAGGGGGUGGGAGGUUGGGCGGUGGGCGACAGCGAGGUGGAGGGGCCGUUCGCUGCGGCCCUUGUGACGUGCGUCCACUGCUCCUCCCUGCUUCAGGUCGACAUACCUGCCGCCAUCCCCUUGGCGGCCAUCUGCACGCUCUUCUGCGGCCACUGCUCCGCCCUCCUCGCACUGCCCUCCACCGCCCUGCCCACCUUCACUCGCACGCGCACCUCUCGCCCGCUCACACCACCUCAUGGCGCCGGGGUGCACGUGGCAGCUGCCACUGCUGGCGGGGGGGCGAGGGGCGCCCACAGAGGUGCGCUCAGCAGUGGCGCGCCGCCAGGGGCGCUCGCCCCGCGGGCUGGUGGGCGCACUGUGCACGCGUGUGGUGGUGAGGCGGUGGCUGGUGGGCGCACUGUGCACGCGUGUGGUGGUGAGGCGGUGGCUGGUGGGCGCACUGUGCACGCGUGUGGUGGUGAGGCGGUGGCUGGUGGGCGCACUGUGCACGCGUGUGGUGGUGAGGCGGUGGCUGGUGGGCGCACUGUGCACGCGUGUGGUGGUGAGGCGGUGGCUGGUGGGCGCACUGUGCACGCGUGUGGUGGUGAGGCGGUGGCUGGUGGGCGCACUGUGCACGCGUGUGGUGGUGAGGCGGUGGCUGGUGGGCGCACUGUGCACGCGUGUGGUGGUGAGGCGGUGGCUGGUGGGCGCACUGUGCACGCGUGUGGUGGUGAGGCGGUGGCUGGUGGGCGCACUGUGCACGCGUGUGGUGGUGAGGCGGUGGCUCGUGGGCGCACUGUGCACGCGUGUGGUGGUGAGGCGGUGGCUGGUGGGCGCACUGUGCACGCGUGUGGUGGUGAGGCGGUGGCAGCGCCGGUGGACUCCGUUGACCGCACGUGGCGCGACGGCAGCCCCACAGCCACAGCGGGCGACAGCGCCGGGCUGGCACGCACGCCGCGCCGCGUGCUGCCUGCUGUGCUCCGCGGGGCGGUGGCACCGGUGGGGAGUGGCAAGCGCGGCCAGCUGGCUGCUGCUAGGGAGAUGGGGAAGCAGGAGGGCAUGCACCAUGAGGUACGUGGCUGGAGGGCAUGCACCAUGAGUCGUUCUCAUCGGCCCCUCGUCCAAUCCCCCCUGCAGCCACUCCCCCCGCGCAUGCACCUGCCCGCUGCGCCCCCCUGUGCGACCGGGCUGCUGCACCCCUCCCUGCCGCUCACGACGGCCCUCCUCACCGUCGCUGCUGACUCGCCAGAGGCGGCACCGGGCAGCGAUGGAGGGGUGGGCAGCGAUGGAGGGGUGGGCGGGGCGGGGAGUGCGGCGGAGAGCAAGAGGGCGCAGCGGGCGCUGAGGAAGCGCAAGCGAGCCGCCACUCUCACUGGUACGCCCACCCGCCACUCUCACUGGUACGCCCACCCGCCACUCUCACUGGUACGCCCACCCGCCACUCUCACUGGUACGCCCACCCGCCACUCUCACUGGUACGCCCACCCGCCACUCUCACUGGUACGCCCACCCGCCACUCUCACUGGUACGCCCACCCGCCACUCUCACUGGUACGCCCACCCGCCACUCUCACUGGUACGCCCACCCGCCACUCUCACUGGUACGCCCACCCGCCACUCUCACUGGUACGCCCACCCGCCACUCUCACUGGUACGCCCACCCGCCACUCUCACUGGUACGCCCACCCGCCACUCUCACUGGUACGCCCACCCGCCACUCUCACUGGUACGCCCACCCGCCACUCUUGCUCGUGCCUCUUUCUCCCGUCUGCACGUUCCAGCAGCUCGUGUUCACUUUCCCUCGCUGCAUGCCCGGCACGUGUACCCGUUCAUGCCAUUGCAUGUGCACCCUCUCAUGGCAUGUGCACCCUCUCAUGGCAUGUGCACCCUCUCAUGGCAUGUGCACCCUCUCAUGGUAUGUGCACCCUCUCAUGGCAUGUGCACCCUCUCAUGGCAUGUGCACCCUCUCAUGGCAUGUGCACCCUCUCAUGGCAUGUGCACCCUCUCAUGGCAUGUGCACCCUCUCAUGGCAUGUGCACCCUCUCAUGGCAUGUGCACCCUCUCAUGGCAUGUGCACCCUCUCAUGGCAUGUGCACCCUCUCAUGGCAUGUGCACCCUCUCAUGGCAUGUGCACCCUCUCAUGGCAUGUGCACCCUCUCAUGGCAUGUGCACCCUCUCAUGGCAUGUGCACCCUCUCAUGGCAUGUGCACCCUCUCAUGGCAUGUGCACCCUCUCAUGGCAUGUGCACCCUCUCAUGGCAUGUGCACCCUCUCAUGGCAUGUGCACCCUCUCAUGGCAUGUGCACCCUCUCAUGGCAUGGUCGAAAGCAGUGGCAAGGGAGGGGUCAGAGGAGGUGGCUGAUGGCAGCGGGGAGGAGGAGAGCUGCAGGGGGGGAGAGCAGAGGGGCGGCAAGGCAAGCAGCAAGGCGGCAGGGAGGGAGGGAGGGGUCCCUGUGAAGAGGCAUCGCAAGGCGUCCACCUACAACCUCUUCAUCCGGGAUGAGAUGAUGCGCCUGCGCGCGGGCAACCCGGACAUGGACCACCGCGAGGCCUUCAAGGAGGCCGCCAGGCGGUGGGGCAGUGCAGCAGAGAACGUGCGCGGCUCACAUGCGCUGGCAGCAGCAGCCAGGGCCAGGGCGCUGCUGCUCUACCCCAUGCACGCGCCCCUCAUGCACGCGCCCCCCAUGCACGCGCCCCCCAUGCACGC